AUGGAGGAAACAAGUUCGCCGGGAAUUGGAUUACUUGUUGAGAAAGUAAUGGCUCAAAUGGAGGUUGCUGCCGAAGAAGACAUUGAGCUUAACAUCCAAAACAAACCCGCUAUUAGAAAGAUCCAAAUGCUGCCUCUUCUUACUGACUUUCUCUCCAAGAAAAAGAUGCAACAAGAGUUUUUGGAUCAUGGGAUUUUAACUUUGUUGAAGAGUUGGCUCGACCCUCUUCCCGAUGGAAGCUUACCAAACGCCACCCUUCGAUCUUUUAUUUUGAUUAUCUUAACUCAGGUGAUGCCUGUUGAUAUCAGCUUAGAAGAUGGAAGGGAGCAGUUGAAGAAGAGUGGGCUUGGUAAAGUCAUUAUGUUUCUUUCAAAAUCAGACGAGGAAACCACUGCCAAUCGAAAACUUGCCAAGCAUUUGGUCCAAAACUGGUGUCGAACCAUAUUCAACAAGACUACAAGCUACUGUAACCUCAGAAACAGCGUAAUUCCAAGGACGAAGAAGCCAUUAAUGAAGCAAUCAACAAGGGUAGAAUUGAGGGAGGCAGAUUUAGAUUUGGAAGGUCCUCGCAGGCCAUGUUCAUCAGGAACAGCAAGCGGUUCUGUUUCAGUGCCUGAACCAGCACCGUGCGUUUAUGAGGUGAACCCUCUAACAAAUUUCAAACCAGAGGUUGCAAGACGUUAUCGGAGAUCUAGAGAAGUGAGAGAAAGCGAGUGCUUUGGAAGGAUAGAGAAGAAGAUGAGUGGAUUGAAAAAAUCGAAUAAGAAGAAGACUCUGCAAGCUCCAAAACCUGCUGUUUUGUAG